AUGGCGCUCCCCACCCUGUCCCGAGCGGCGCGCAUCAUCCUGGUCGGCGCGCCGGGCGUGGGCAAAGGCACGCAGACGGAGCGCCUGAUGAAGCAGUUCCCCGAGCUCUCGUCCAUCAGCUCGGGCGACCUGCUGCGCAAGAACGUGCGGGAGCGCACGCCGCUGGGCAUCCAGGCCGAGGCCAAGAUGAAGGCCGGCGCGCUGGUCCCGGACAACAUGAUCCUGCGCCUCAUUGUCAACGAGCUGUCGACGCGCGGGUGGAUCCGCGACAGCACCCUGCGGCCCUACGCCGUCUAUUCCAGCGCCGCCGCCGUCGACCACACGCCCGUCGACGCCGUGUCGAUACCCUCUGCGAUCAAGACGGCCAAGUACACGUACUCGGACCACCCAGACGCCUCGUUCAUCCUCGACGGCUUCCCGCGCACCGCCAACCAGGCCGUGCAGCUCAACGACAUUGUGCCCAUCAACCUCGUUGUCAGCAUCCACACGCCCAGCGACAUCAUCAUCGACCGCAUCUGCAACCGCUGGGUGCACGCGCCCUCGGGCCGCGUCUACAACACCACGUUCAAUGCGCCCAAGGUAGCGGGCAGGGACGACACGACCGGGGAGCCCCUCACACGGCGCGCCGACGACGACCCGGAGGUGUGGAAGCAGCGGCUGCAGAGCUUCCGGGAGAACAACGAGCCGCUGCUGGAGCACUACGACAAGGCGGGCCUGCUGUGGACGGUCACGGGCAACAGCAGCGACGAGAUUACGCCGCAGCUCUUCAAGGAGUUUGGCAAGCGCUUCGGCGUGCCUGUGCCCGAGGCGAUUGGGGGGCUGUAG